CGGUUUCCGGGAUUACGACCAAAACAUGUCACUUAAAGUUUAUAUAUAGCUUAUAUUCCAUUUUCUUUUGUAGAAAAUCCUCAUAAUAGAACGCCUAUCAAGAUGGACGGCAUAUUACUUAAUAUUUUUCUUCUCAAUGAACUGGGUUACGUGGAUUUGGAUACCUGUAUUCAAUAAUAUAAAUAACAUGGAAUCUAUUCAAAAUCGUACUAUGAAACUACAGACUUGUUUGUACCUUUGGGUUCCCUUUGAUUACAGUUAUAAUUACCAGAACUGGGUUAUUGUGCAUAUAAUUAAUACCUAUGUUGUGGGUAUGGGAGUAACUGUAAUGAUGAUUUUUCAUACAUUAAACUAUAUAUUUAUGUAUCAUUUGAUUGGCCAUAUACAGAUUUUAAAGUAUAAAAUACGUAGUCAAUUCCCUAAGAAUAUAACCAAUGCGGAAGUUAAAGAUGUUCUGAUUGAAGUUAUGAAAUACCAUGCGUUUAUUAUAAGGGUAUUUAAAGAUGUCCAAUCAGCGUUUGGUGUCAACGUGGCAACAAAUUAUCUGCAUAAUUUAGUUGGCGACAGUUUGAUGAUGUAUCAAAUUAUGUAUGCAAGCAAAGAAAAUAUUUUAUUGUAUGUUGUCAUGGUAACCGUCUACAUGGGAGGGUUGAUAUUAAUGUCAUUUGUACUUGAAGAAAUACGAAGACAGACCGAAGAUCUGGCAGAUGUGGUGUACAGUAUGCGAUGGGAAACUAUGUCCAUAUCGAAUCAGAAAAUCUUUCUUCUCUUUCUACAAAGAGUCCAGCCAGCCAUGGAGUUUACAGCUCUAGGUGGUCUGAAGGCUGGAGUAAAACCUAUGAUUUCCAUAAUAAAAACCACAUUCUCAUAUUACGUUAUGCUGGAGACCACGAUGGCUGAGAAGUCGUAAACUUGGCACUCAUAUAUGAUUAUUACAUAUUUUAAUAAAGAUAUUGAAAAAAAAUACUGCAGCUAAAAUAAUG